CAGUGCUCUAGCGAGAAGAGGCGUUUCAAAAUGGCUGACCAUUUCAAUUCUCCGGGAAAGAGCCGGAAAGCGAAGCUUGAGUAGUUUGCAAUCUAUGGAAUAGUUUAUUUUGAUUCACCAUGCAGAAACAACCCAUACCACCAACCAGAAGACCCAAGCAGAGGAUUGUAAGUUUUAUUUGCUAGCAUACCAUUUUAUGUGUGGUAUCAAAUGACGCUAAAUAUUUCGAGCCGGUUGGCUAUAAUGGUUGGUUUAAAGUCCUUUCUAUGGUUAAACCAGAGUUUCCUUUGUCUACUGUGAAUAAUUAGAGCUAAAAAACAAAGGAAAUUCUGAAUCAAACUAGACUGAGUGCUGAUUUAACCUGAGAGCGGAUUUUACCUACAAUGUUUCCAUGAUAAACAAAUCAUGCAUGACUGCAGAGGAAGUGCCCAGCUCGCAGCUGUACUUGCCCAGCAGGAAAAUCAUUUGGAAAAUCUUCUGGUCCCGGACAGCACAUUAUUAGGAUCCCUGUAAUCUUUUGUAGUUUUUCUCCCUGAAGCAUGAAGGUGCUUAUAGACAUCCGCAGUUAUUUUAGUGUACUUCUCGAUGCAUCUGGUCAACUAAAUUUUAUCUGCACUUCUUCUGUAACCAUCUUCUGUUUAGACGAUUUUCUUUAAUAUGAUGUGUUAAUAAUGGUUAUGUUGAAUUUAGGGGUUUCUAAGGUUUGCUGUGAAUUAAGUGAAAAAAAUAUAAGUUCUAGAAUAUGUUAUGGCUACACUGUAGAUGACUAGACCAGCGGCUGAUUACUGCUGUGAGACAGUCACCUUGACCGUCAGUCUAUUGUGACACAGCUUUAUUGGAAAAUGAAUCAUGUUCAGUCCACAGUGCCAUUUUGGACGAAUGAAAAUAAAGUUCUACUGACUACUGCAGACUACUCCAACAGAGAUUGAUUCUUGUGGAUAGACAAAAAUGAGUUUUAAGUGCAAAGUGUACUUGAUGAUAUCAUUAGUAAAAUAAUAGGACAUGUCGAAAAGGCUGCAUUUGUUAUGUAUUCAAUUGUAACUUCAAUUUUCUGUGUAAUGCACCUGCAGUCACUGUAAAAUACUUGGGACAAAUGUGCAUUUAAAGUACUUUUUAGACCUCACAUGCCAUCUACUUCCCUCACCCCACAUAUAAGCCAUAGGUCAUGUGUACCCACUAUUUUUCCACGCUGUCAACAUUGUGUAGGGUGGGGGGAGGGGGAAUUACAAGGCAUUUAUCUCUCCUUACAGGCUAAUCUUUGCUGACGUCGUCGUUUGCAUUUUUCCUCAUUAGGGUAUGACCUAGCUUGUAGAAGCCGUGGCCGUAUAUAUGAACUAAAUGCAAAAGUUGAAAGAGCUGAUUAAGUUGAGCAAUUUGUUCAAUUCUCAGCUCUUUGCAAGCAAUAUUGAAGGAAAUAUCAGCCAUCAAAAACUGCGAAUUUGCUGUGUGACAAAAAAGUUAAUGAGCUAUACAUUCUCUGUAAAAUUUCAAGUUUUUAGAAGAGAAUUUCUCUCAAACCAUUUGGUGUAUUGAGCUCAAAUUUUCAGGUAUAACUGAAACUGUUAUGCCUUUCAAUAUUCAGAGUUUUUAUUUUAUUAGCAUCAUCAUCAUAUACCGGUAGUGAUAAGCAUAUGUUAAUGAGGCAAAAAGUCUAAACAAAGAUUCGCCUAUAGCUUUGCUUUAAGAAGGCCUUCUUAAAGUUACAGGUAAUUACAAAUAGGGCAUGACUGUCCCAAGGAACUUUUGUCCAGGAUUGCAGGUCUCAUAUUUAUCAGCAACUUCAAUGCAAAUGUUCACAGGCUUGAAUAAAAAAAUGCAGAGGAAAAAGUGUAUGCUUUAACAUAAUAUUAUUAUCUACUUUGAAGAACACUUGAAAUCAUUUUGUUUUGGACAGGAACAUUGUGGUUGGCUUCGUAAGCUUGGUGGCCGAUACAGAAACUUGAGAUCAAGAUGGUUUGAACUUAAAGGGGAUCAGCUAUAUUACUUCAGAGAUAAUAAUGUAAGUAAACACAAAACGAUUUAUUUCCUUGUAUCAUUACCUCACAAAUCAACAGUGCAAAAAGGGAGGGCUGAAUAAUGGAUUAUCAUAAUUUUUAUUUUAUCAGCUUGAAUAUACUCACUUUGUCAUGUACUUAAAUCCUAAUGAAGUAUUGGUAGUUGUGUACAUAGUAAAUGUAACAAUGUCAUAUCACUUAACACUUUUAUUGUACACUAUUGAUGAAUACUAUGGGUAGAAUGUUCAUAGAGGGUCCACAAAAUAAUGUAGCCUGAGAAAACAGCCAACAUUUUGCGAUGCCACCACUGGUUUCCCGUGAAAUGACGUCUGACAAUCAAGUGCAGAAAUUCCAAAUUCCAAUCCUGCCAAAAUGUUUUCACAAGCUUCUUUGUUGAAUAUUGAACUACAGUCUACAUAGUGGGCAGCUUCUCAACAUUGCCACUAGUGUCUGUAAACUUUUUUUUUUGUUUUGCUUGGUUUUUUUCUAUUUUGAAAAUAAAAAUUUUUUGCUUCCAUAUUCUAAGUGGAGCUAGAAAACAACAAAUGAAAUAGUACCAAGCCAAGAAUAAUUAUGGAAUAACUCGGUUGAUGGUUUUGAAAGGAGACAGAUUUGUAGAGAAAACGUCCAAGACAUCAUAGCUCAGUUAAGUCCAACCAAAACCUUUCAGUGUAUACAUGUUGUAGUUAAUUUUUUAUCGUAGGUAAUUUUUCUUUUUCCUUUGUUUCAACUUCAUUAGCAUAGAUUACCAUACCCAAAAACAAAAGAAAAACAAAAAUUACCUGAGAUAAAAAAUUACUGUGAAACUCGCAAAACUGUGAACACCAGAAAUAUUUAUGGAAUGUUAUUGUGUUGUAAGAAAUAAGCCAAUAAGGCACGUGAUAACUGCAAACAGCAAUGGUAAUUAGUUUGUGGUUUUGAGGUUUGUUCGUGUGUGCUGAACUUUAUGGUGGUUGGCCAGUACACAAUCAACAUUCCUGAAAUUUGUCAGGUGUUCACCGUUUUCUGAGUUUGACAGUAAAUACAACAUACACAUUGUAUUUCCCUCCUGGGGCAAAAACAGAGUUUCUAUUAAAGGCAAAGUGAUAAGAUUGCUUACAACAAACUCUUCGAAAACACCAUUUAAAGAGUGUCUUACGAACUUUGAAUAAUGCAUCAGUGUAUGCUGGUAUUUUUUUUAGCCUGGGUGCCAGAGACUUUUCAUGGGCAGUUAUCAGUUUUGGUCAAGUCUUAAAAAUAGUGAACUACGUUAAAAUUCUUUCUUGUUCCCUGCUUGUGGCAUUGGCCAGUGGUUGUGACGUCGAGGCAUCAUCCUUUUGCUUACAAGGAGAAAAUCGGAAGUACCCAGGGUGAUAUCUAAAAGCAUGUUGAAAAAAAGAGAGCAGGGCAAAAUCUUAAAAAAUCAUGAUGGAAAAUUGGAGCCUGGUAGAAAAUCAGCGUCUGCUGAAAACAAUUUCUAAAACGCCUAGCUCUGCUCAUAUCUUGUGGAAGAGGUAAGUCUCUAUUAAAGACAUGCUUGUGAGAGCAAAAACAUAACUUAAAGGCUUUGAUAACUCGAUACAACCAAUUAAACAUGAUGUUGAAAGUCCUUGUACCCCUAUUUGUGACUUCCUUUAAACUUCUUUUAAGGCAGUCACAAAAAACUGAAUUCCUGAAUCCCACUACUUUUCCCGUUGAUUCCCACAUCUCAACCCCAUUAAAAAAAAAGAAAUCCCACUCUCGCUCAUUAUUGAAAUUCCCACUUCCCUGAUCCCGCUUCUGUUUUUAGCACACAUCCCGAGUAUCACAACAAGAAUCGCCAAAUCCCCCAUCCCGCUAGAGCUACUGAGGACCCUCCUUAUUGUGGCCGACAAAAGGAGCGUGCCACCUACUCUUGGUCAGCAGCACUCGAGAUUUUACCCAAUUCUGUCCACAUUCUUGGAAUGCUUGUGUUGUACUGACUAAUUUGCAUGGUUUGUGGCCGCAAAGGCUUUGGUAUUGAGUUUAAGGUUUGUCUGAUGUCAUGGUAACCAUGUAAAUGCACUUGCAAGUGAUGCAACAGUCAUUAUAAUACAUUUGAUUCGCAAGCACACAUAAUUCAGGUACACAAGGGAGACUGUUUGAUUGGCCUUGCCGACCUGGAAUCUAUUUCCCCAGGAAAAUGAAAGUAGGGCCUGAUCUCAGCUUAGUGCAGGACAAGUUUUUGGUAAGAUACGAGUGCUAGCCAAGUCUAGAAAUCGAUGUAAAUUAAGUUUAUUCAGGUUUCACUACAGUGAAUGGUUUUUAUAUAUUUGUAUGUUUCCAAGCAUGUUUCGUUGCUUGUCAUCCGAAAGCUUCAAUAAGCUUUAAACUCAAGUGGUAACUUAAGUUUUUUCAUUAUUUUCUAUUGCAUAUCAAUGGGCUUUGGUCAUUUUUUUGGAGUAAUUUAUCAAGCAUGAGAUGUAGUGUUUCAUCACCAGAUGAAACAAUGACAAGAGAGUUGAAAAUAUGACACCCAGGGGAAUAUUUUUGAUGAGCUUCGAGGUGUUUCAUCUGGUGAUGAAACACUGUGUUGAAUGCUUUAUAUUGCUUCUCAAACAAAAGGAUUUUAGAUGGAGAAAUUAAGGAUGCAAAAAUGAGCAGUUUUUCAUCUGAUUUCCAAACACUCAUUGAACAUUAAUUUCCUUUGUAUUUUCUUUAUGAAUUAUUAAUGAAUUAUUAAUGAACAUGGAUUGAAUAUUUUGUUGAAUAAUAAGACUUCGUGCAGUCAUGACUGUAUACAUGUAUACUUUUGUCAUGCAUAACUGUUUCAAUAUAUCUUUGCAGGCAAAUACACAGCCUCUUUUAUCGCUCCUCACCAUUCGCAGGCUAAUAAUUGUGCCUCAACUGUGAAUAAAAUCAUGAUCGUUGAAAUAAAUAUGAGUCUUGUUUUCUGUGUUGUUCAAUCCAGCUUUCAUGAUCUGAAGUGAUUAUUCCUUUUGUUGACACUGGAACUAAAAUUCACCUACACGAUUAUGAAAGCGCUUUUCAUCAGUCACAUCUCCAAGUUAUGACAUCAACAUGUUCGCACUUCCUAGCUAAAGGCUACUGCUAGUAUGCUAAUUAAAUAUUGAAUGAACUGUAGUCUGGCUGGAACUGCGUAGCUGUUAUUUUGUGCAAAAUCUUAAUUCUGUUCUUUCAAUUCAGGAACCCAAGACACCCAUUGCUGCCAUUCCUUUGGCAGGAAAUGAAGUUAUUAGACAUCCACCCGAGCCAGGAGAGCCUGGAAAAUUCAAAUUUGAAAUCAUUUGUGAGUAAUUCAUACAAUGUACAUAAAAUACUGUUAGAUUGAGAUGAUGGAAAAAAGUGCCAGUGUCAGUGUUAACCAGACUGAUCUUUUUAAAAUGUUUUAUUUCAGCUGGGAAGGACAAGGAAGGGCGACCAGUUUCCAGCAGCCAUGAUACCUUUGUUCUAAUUGCUUCUUCUCAACAGGAAAUGGAAGAGUGGAUACGGGCCAUCAACAGAAUCAUUUAUGCAGUAAGAUGAUGUAUUUAACUUGAUGAAUUUUACCUCAACACAUGAAUGCUGGUAAAGAAAAGUUGUUUUUUUUAUUGCAGCCGUUUGGUGGUGGAAUGUUUGGUAGAAGUCUGGCUGAAACAGUAAAGUUUGAAACAAGACGUGGUGGAGGAUAUGUACCACUUAUUGUUCACAAAUGUGUGGACUUUAUUAGAGCUCAUGGUAAAAGUUUUCGUUUUUGUUGCUAGAUACUUUAACUUAUAUUUCUUAUAUAUUCUUAUAUUCUUUAUACUUUAUUUUUGUGCAUUUCGCAUACAUGUAUGUACUGCAAUGGACUUUACAUUGUUCAAUAUACAAAUAUAAUGUUAUUUUACAAUGGAGGGGCAUUAACCAGGAUGAGCCGUAGUAAAAACUGUUUUGAAUUGCAGUCUCUGACGGAAAAAAUGAAAUGAAAUUGGGACAAAAAAAAUUCUUAAUAAUGUAAAAAGGCAUGAUUACAAAAGAAGUGAUUAUGAAUUCUUAAUGAAAAAGAUGUUAUUUUGUCAAAGGAAGUGGGAGAGAUUAACAGAAAACUGUUGUUUCCACAUUGAAUGAUGGCAAAGUUCUUAGGCCUUCAAACUGUACGAUAUGAAGUUUAUUAAAUUGUCCCUGUGGUAAACACUCUAGCUCAGUUAUUAAUUUUUGAGUGCUACACAGCAAAUUUAGUUUGUGAUUGGAGGGACAAAGUUGUAUAUUGCGAAUGACGCACCAUGGACUAUGAAAUGCAUACAUUUAAGGUGGCCGAACACAGUUUUGCGGGCAGUCAGCGGUAACUGGCAUGACGGCGCUUGUUUUAAAUUAGAGGAACAAACAUGGCAGCAAAAAAAGCAAUGGAACACAGAAGACGAUUUCUCAAAACCUACUCAUUAAAAUUUUGUGACAUUUGGCAGAAAUUUUACUUUUAUCAUAUUUUAAAUAAUGAGAACUUUGAAAUGGAAGUUGAACAAACGAAUUUUGUGACACAUUUAAUAAUUACGGUACAAUUAUAUUAUUGAUUAUGUAAAACCAGUCUGUUAAACUUUGGUCAAAUAAAUUUCAAAUGGUAAUGAUUAAUAACAGAAACUCAUAAGGAGUUGAACAACCCCUUAUGGGUUUCUGUUAAUAAUUAAUCAUACUAUAAUUAUUAUAGUAGGCUGUGUGCAACUAAUGAGUGAAUUUUAAGUAAACUGAGCAAAAGUGAAAUUUUAAGGUUGUAUUCAGUCGUUCAUGUUGCCACAGAAACUACGAAAACGUCACAUUUUACCUGUCAAUCAAAAUCUUUCAUCAGUAUAUUUUUCACUUGGCAAGUUUCACUUGUGAGCUGCAACCUUUCUCUUGCUAUGAUUUGGCAAAUGUCAUAUACUCACAAAGUGCCAAAACUGUGUUCAGCCACCUUAACGGUAUGCAAUUGCCACAUUCAAGUAACCUUACAGUGAGCACAUUAAUACAUUUUUUAAUAGGCACUGACGUGAAGAAAUUCCUUGUGUGAAUUUCUUGUCACACAAUGUUAUCCAAUGUACUUCUUUCAUGAUAUAUUCCGAUCAUCAGGUGCUGGUUGUUCAAAAGGUGGAUAACACUGUUCACUAGAUAAAAUAUAUUUCCAGUGGAGACUGGAGAAUGCAAUUGGUUUUCCUAGUACUUACUGUCACCUGUUUAAAGCCCAUUAAUUUUUUAUACAGCACUUCUGUAAUGAGAGACUGGGGCAACAGUCCUCAACCUUUUUGCAAGAACAAUGUAUCUCUUUGACCAAGAUAAUGUUAUGUUUUACUUUUAGGUUUAGUAGAGGAAGGAUUAUUUAGAUUACCUGGACAGGCAAAAAAUGUGGCAGACUUAAAAGAUGCCUUUAAUAGAGGUACUAACAAGCUAGACUUCUUAGUUAACAAUUAAAAAUUCGUCUUUGUUAGUUGAGUACCAUAAUUUCUGUAAUAGAUCUUCCGAAAAUCUGAGGGCUUAUUUUUUUCAGAGAUUUUUUAGGUGGGGUGAGAGUUCUUACUGAAGAGGGGAGCUUCUUUAAAAUUGUAGAGGGAAGGCUAGGGUUUGGUUUGUAUUUCAUACUAAAAAUAACUGUGUAAUAAAGGCAAUCAAUAUCUUGUACUAAACCUCUGAGUUUUUGUUAUCAGGAGAUAUUCCAGAACUUGGGGCCAAUAAAGCUGAGGUUCACUCUGUGGCAUCAGUGCUCAAGUCUUACCUUCGAGAACUUCCUGAACCACUUAUUCCUUACGACUACUUUGAAGUGUUUCUUACUGCCGCUAGAUGUAAGUCAUACUGAACUGGUUGGUCUCACUGUAGUCGGCUGCGCCGUGCAGGCAGUACCCUGGGUGCCAGAGGCUUUUCAUGCCCGGUUUCCGGUUUCGGUCAAGUCUUGAAAGUGACCCGCGCGACCGCCGCUUUGAUUGACAGAUUAGAGACAAGGCCAAGGUCCAUCUAGCACGGUAAAUCAAGGCGCUCUGCUUCGCCGCUCGUGUCUUCGGCCUUCGGCCGAACACGUGUCGGCCUGCGGCCGACGAAACGAAGCUCCCCGUCGCACGCGAGAAAAAACCUCUGGUACCCAGGGUAUGCAGGCAGGCGUUUGAAAGGGAAAUAAGGCCCAUUAAUUAAAUGCCUGACACACAGACUGGCUGGACGAAGCCAAAUUAAGUACAGGGGUUGAAAAGAUGAUAUUGAUAGUGAUGGCGCCCGUACGAUAGCAGAAACCUCGCAACCUCUGGAAAAAGGCUUAUUUUAAGGCGCUGUAGAUAAGUUUGGUUUUUCUAAAAUCUAAAGUGGCUUAAUGUGUCAGUUAAGGGGGCGUUACGGUCAAAUGCCUUGUUCUUUGGAUGUACAUAAAUCACGCCAAUACAAUAUUAUUUCCUUUAUCGAAGUUUGGAUGAAUUUAAGAAUGUUUCUAAAAUGACGAAGAAUGGAAAAGGUAUUACAAACAGCUGUACAAAUUUAGAUGUGAAGUGAAUAAUCGCCUGACAAAGACCAGAUGUGAAUUGAAAUAUAUGAAAUUACUCAUAUUUUGAACUGCGGAGAAAGGUAUUAAAGUGGAAAUGAUCCUUGCUCCAGUUGGCUUGAAUAGCUUAAUAGAUAGAGCAUUGCGUCCUGUCAUCGCAAAGGUCGGGGUUCGAUUCCCGGUCAAGCCUGAAUUUUUUCAGGCUUUUUUUUUUAAACCACUUAAGUUGUUUAGUCAACUGCGAGGAUCACUUCCACUUUCAAACACCAGAUUGUCUGCCACCAUAAUAAUAAGGUGCCCGUGGCGGACUGAUUAGUUUAUUUGUUCCUUUUUUUCUUGCAUCACCAAUUUACAGCGGCUCUAUUUCCAUAAAAAAAUUAAACUAUAAUGACCCUUUACUGAGUACUAGUGCAAACCAUUCGCGCACUUAAAAAUCCCCUCAGGCGAGGAAGAUGAUGCGCGGAAUAAAAGGAGAAAAUGAGGGACAUUCUGCGUGUCACUUUCCUUGCGGGAGGCGAUUUUCACGCGUUCUCGCGGAUUUUGCCUGCUGUCCCGGAGAAAAUGAGGUUUACUACUCAUAGUCUAACCAAAAGGCUGGAAAAAAAGGUUGGAAUUAAGGUUGUACCAACAAAAACUCACCCGCUGUUAUUUUUAUAACCAGGUUAUGAAAUGUAUGAAGAGGAUGGUAUUGUAGCAAUCCAGAAACAAGUAACAACACUUCCUAAGCCUAAUUACAUUCUGCUCGGAUAUCUUUGGUAUGCCGCUAUGUCUUUCUUUAAGUUCUGACUUGAUUUUUGAAGGUUAUGUCGCAUUUUUUCCUCUCGUGACAGGGUUCAUACAGGUCAUGGAAAACCUUGAAAGUCAUGGAAUUUAAGAAUUUUAUUUUCCAGGCCUGGAAAGUCGUGGAAUUUAAUUGUCGGUCCUUGAAAGUCAUGGAAAAUUAAAGUUUUGUUUGGUAGUUUAGUUUCUGCAGAUCACAAAGCAUGGACAAUGUAAGAUAGAGAGGAAUAAUUAAACAGCGCAAACGGCACGCAUUUUGUUGGACCCCAGGGUUUGUCUGUUGAACAUUUAAUGGUCAAAAAAUACCCCAAAACAAGGGAAAUUUUGAAAAUUUUUGGUUGUGACAACUAACCCUAAGGUCUUGGAAAACUUGAAAAGGUCAUGAAAAAAAUCAUGGAAAAGAGUACGAACCCUGCGUGACCUAUCCAUAAUGUUGAUUUAGAGUAGAGAAGUGUAUGGCAGGCUCCUCGUUACAUUGAUCGUUUCUUGUUUGUUGUUACAGCCGUUUUUUACACGAAGUACAGGAACACAGCAAAGAAAACAAGAUGGGCGUUAGGAACCUUGCAACUGUGUUUGGUCCAAACAUACUGCGCUCCGGAGUGAGUUAGUAGCUUUACUGGGAUCUAGAUCUGGUUUAUUCCUCGGUGUUCAAAACGGUUACUUUCUGCUUGACCCUUGUCAGUUUUUCAACUGUAUUCCAAAAUGUUUCGUAUUGUCAUUGAUUCUCCGAAGCAUGAAUGUAGAUUGGGCGUUAUAUAAUUCGUUACGAUUGCGCAGAUCACCAGGCCUCAAGAACUAAUGACUGUUCACGAAUCUAGAAUCCAGUCCAUUCACCUCCAUCUAUUCAGUAAGCGUGCUUAACAUUUGUUAGUUUGAUAAAGUUUUGAAGGCUGUGAUAGACUUUAAACUUCAAUCUAGGUAGGGUAACUCCUUGUUGAUUCAUAUAGCAAUUCAAAGUGGAAAGACUGCAAGUUGUAGUAGACUAGUUGCUAAAAAAUAUAUCUGCAUGUCGUAACUGUUCAUCAGUAGGAUGCCUAAAAUGUGUGCAAUUCCACAAUUAGUUCCGGCUCCAUUAAAUCCUAUACCAAAGUUUCUUUUAAAAUACAGUAUUGCAUGGACAAAAAUUGGGAUAGAGUGAAGUGUUAGCCCCACAGUGGUGUUAAUUUUAUGGAGGUAAAUGUAGGAGUUUUCUACCGUAAGGUUCAUUUUGGAAACAAGAGAGCCGUCUGGAGUGAAAAGUUGUCAGUAAUGAGAGGUUCGCCUGAGUGUUCUAUAGUUGUGUCCAAACGAGCUGGUUCAACAUAACCUGGACUGUUUUGCGUUUGUUUUGUAAUUUCAGUCUGAGGAUCCACAGGUUAUGAUGGAAAGUACAAACCUGGUAACAGAACUCAUCAGCAUUCUGAUCAGAAAGCAUGAGCUGUUUUUCUCCAAGGCUGACGAUGAAGACGUUCAGUCAUCUCGACUGCAGCAAUUUGGGUGAUUACCGUUGAUUUUGCUUAUUGAAAAGAAAAAUUGUUGCGCUUACAGUCUCUGGUUGACAGGUAUGUCUGUAUUGUUCAUUUGUAGCGGCGAUCUGAUGGACUUUGCUGAACCACCCGUGCGAAUGCCUAGACCACAGCCAACAACACAGCUGAGUGAUACCGAGCAUGAAGAGGAGACUGGGACUGGAGGGGACGGUAAUGAUAAGUUCUAUUUAACAGCAAGCCAUGAGAAAGUGCGUGCCUGCCUAAUAUAAAGGAAUGUUUUUUAGGCUUAGUCCAAACGUCGAACUUUUCAUGAGACGAACUAAACUCUAAUUUGGAUGGACCUAAAUUAACUUAAGAUGGUGUGUUAAGUCAGACAUUAAACUUAUGACGUGUUGAACCAAUCAACUGAAUCAGACCAAAAAGCAACUUUAAUGAAUUUUCUCCCGAACGAGGCUAAAUAUUUAUGAUCAUACAAACUUUUCAGUUAUUAGUUUAUUUCGUCGCAUGUGGAGAUCGACGUUUGUCCCGGAGACGAUCUUCAGACGUUCUAUAACUUUUCAUGAACUUUGGUUCGUCUCAUGAAAAGUUCGACUUUUGGCCUUGGCCUCAGCUCUUCGGCUCAAGCCAUUUUAAAUUAUUUAUGAUUGUUCGCAAGUAUAGAUGGUUUUCACAGUGACGUCAUCAUAUUGUAAAGUCAAAAUAGUGAGGUUUUAUGAAUUCUUAUUUACACUAGGUUGAAAAUAAACAAAAAAUUAAUCUUUGUACAAGUUUCCAGUCCCGUAGCAUGUUUCAUUUCGAAAUACAGCAAUUUGAACUUCAGAGUUUUCACAGUGCGUGACACCAAAAUAGCGGAAAUGUUGUCUCGUUGAAAAAAAAGUCUCUCCUCUUUAUUUUCAGCAGUAUAACCAUUUCAAGUAUUAGAAGAUCUGUUUAUGUGCGCGUAUGCCAGUUCUUGAGUGAAAAGAAAGAGUUUUUAUAUAAAAAGUGAACUCUAGAUGUUUUUGUUGAUUUCCGGCGGCCAUAUUGGUGCACCAAAACGGUGCACCAAUAUGGCGUCUCCAUACAAAGCUCUACAAAGGUGCGUGAAACGUUUCGGCAAAUAACUCAGAAACUGUGGGCCACAAAGACCUGAGACUUGGACAAAAUGUUUACUUAUUAGUCUUUUAUAACAUUUCAUUUUCUUAGCUUCUUCCACUGGACGGUUUCCAAUUUAUUUUUUUUGUUGCGUGACAGUGAAAACGAUCUAUAGACGGAUACGCAGAAGAACAAACAAUCUGACAUAAGUAUCGAAAGUAAGGGUCAUUGAUAACAUAAGUAAAACUGAAUUGGAUGAGGACCAGUAUGACAUAAGGGAUUAUUUCGAUCGAGAGGAGGAGGGGGUGAGGGUGUUAUUGGCGGAAAGUUCUGCCUAAUUCUUAACAAUAUUUGAUAAAGUAUGGAAGGUUAUUUAAUAUGUACUGAUGUGGACCCAUGCCGGCUAUAGCAAUACACAGCACAGCGGAUAGAUGUAGCCUUUCACCACGCCACCGGACUCUUAGUCCUCCCCGACUGAGGGUUAAUUUAAAAGACUUUUAGAAAGUCUAACAAUAACAUCUCAGUUGAUAAAGCCAAAACUGUUUGCUUAAAAAGUAAUUCAGUGCUAAGUUUUAAGGAUGUCAAUAAUUCAGGGUAACUUCAUAUUUGUUGCGACUAUUUCGAUUUAACAGAUAGUGAGAAAGCGACAAAUAAAAAGAAUUCCGGGAAAAAAUUAAAAGUGGAUUUUUUCCCAGUUGGUGGACUUCUGCUGAGCGUUGUUUUCCUUUUUCUUUCCCUUUUUUUGUAUUCCCUUUCAGGCGAAGAUCCGCGAAGUGAUAUCCAAGAGUUGGAGAAUGAAUUAGAACUUCAACAACAACAAAUCAAAGAUCUUCAGUCAAAGCUAGAGCAGGAAAGAAAAGUCCGAGAAAUGUUAGUACUACGUUUGACUGACGAACAAAGAGCAAGGUUAGUAAGUUGUAAAUAAUUGAAAAAGAAUUAGAAUGAGCCCAGAUACUCUGAGUACAGUAAAGUAAAACUUAACUACAUAACACUGUCGUGAGCCACCUUCACACCAGUUUUCCAGCUACAUAAAAUGUGAGGGUUUUCGUCCUUCUGCUCGUGUAUAAUGUCUGAGUGAUACAUCCAUCGAGAUCGCGCCUGGAUCGAAGUCGAACAGGAAAAUAAAACCCGAGCUAUUCAUAGUAGUAUUUCGCCAACAUUUUUCAGCAGUUUGGGUAGUGCUUCUGAUUGGGUGAAGCAAAUUUUCAACCAAACACUGAGAAGCACUCCUCAAAUCUAGGUCGUGACACGUCAUCAGAAUGAUACAAGUGGUAGCGUCGCUAGAUGUCUGCUGUUUUUUUCAGGCUACAGGAUUCGCAUCCAGGACAGUCUUUACAACGCCAAAAUUCAGCCUGAGAAUAAGCCUGAGAAGUACUAGUAUUGAAAUGCUCCGGCAAUAAAUGCUUACUUGGACUGUACUGCCCAACGUGCAAGUGCGUGUUUCAUUAGUAAACGUGACAUCAGAGACUUAUUUUAAGAGUUGCAAAACAUUUUAGGCAAACAGCGGUCAGCGGAAUGCUUCUUAAGACAAAGAAUUAGAAACAAUAAAAAAUCCUUCAAACGAACGUGAAACUUGUAAAAGGUCAAAGUAGCGACUCAGACGUCAUUUUGCGGUGAGUGUAGUUAGUGAUUAGGACGUCACGUUGGUGAAAACAGAUCCCAAUAAUAAUUUGUUUGUCCUUUUUUUCUCCUUAGCUUUAUGAUUAUAUCUAUACAAAUACUUUAAAACUUGCGUGGUAUAAAUAUUUUUAAAUAUUUAUAUAAGUGUUAUCAUCAUUCGGAUUUUGGAAAGGUUUCACGUUUCUACAGUUUGUGACUCGCAAUUUUUGUUUCUGCAGGGAAUCAGCAGAAGAUCGAUUAGAAAAGCUGCAAGCCGCUAUGGAGGAGUUUUGUGCUAAAUAUGGAAGCUGGGAGCCAACUCAAAGAUAAAAGAUUUUUGGUAUAUAGUCGUAGAAUAUUUUAAUACAAUGCCAGCUUUCUUUGUGCAAAAGAAAGUUUUUAGAGGAAGACGUUGAAAUUGCGCAAGAAAUUGUCAGUUUUAAUGCCAAAUUAACAAUAUGCGCAGAUAUCACCAGGGUUAGAGUUCUUCUUACUAGGUCUGAAACGACCGCUCUUAUUGACUAGAUAGUGAGUUCAAUUUUUACUAUUGAUCUGUUUAGAAACGUUUUGAAAAGUAGACACUUAUUGCAGUAAGGAUUGGUAAAUCAAGUGCUGUAGAAGCACUGUUGUUGGUCACUUACGAACAAAACAUGCUGCCUUCGAACGCAGUUUAGGGACUUGAAGAAAAUCGCUACGGUGACCUCUACCACGGCGGUCAUGGAUGUGGAGUCCUGGGGAAAGUACGACACCGUAGGCUGCCAAAUUUCAACUUAAAGAACAAGCGGCGUCCAAACAGUGAAUACGGCGUUUCUCGCUCACUUGCUUUCGCUGUUAGUAAGUUGUUAUGACCUCCUUUAGAGAAUAUGUUUUUUCUCUCUUAUGACCAAGGAUUAAGCAAUGACGAGCAGUUUUGAUGUUGUAUGAUUCGUACAAGCCCUAAAACUUAGAUUUGCCGUACGUCGACUUGUACACAGCAUUUGACCUGGGUUGAGGAUAAGAUUUUAAACUGAGAAACCAAGGAAGACGUAAUUAGUGGAAAACCAGAAGCGUCAAAUACUUUCUUGUUUAAGUGAAAAACAAUCGAUGAUAGGUUUUAAAACCAGUGAUUGUAAAACAAAACAAAAAAAAGGAAAAGUCGUCUGUUAUACUCACUUAGUGGCGACGUUGUAUUUGGCGCUAUUUUAUGGCGAAAGCUCAUUUCCAAACAUGCGUAUUGCGUCAUUUUUUUGACUCCCGGCCGCCGUAGCGAUUUGCUAAGUCCCUAUUGCCGAAGCUUGUUCGGUCAAGAUGGGUGGAUAUUGGUUAAGUUAUUUUUUGUGUUUUCAUGGACGAGACUAACUCGAGAUCAAUAAAAACACAAAAAAGGAACGAGGCCAAUACACAGCCAUCUUGACCGAACAAACGUGGCCAAUAAAGGACUUUUUCUUGCGUAGCCCGUGUACAGACGCCCCCUCCCCGAAAAAAAUCUCUCCCCGAUUUUUUUUGAGGUGGGGGGGCGUCUGUACUCAGGCUGUUUCUUGCUAGACCAAUGCAGGAAAUCCCGAGUGGGCAAGAUGGGCGCAUCUUGCCAAUCAGAAGACAAGACUUACUUGAUCUUGCAAGCAAUAUAAAAAAAGAACCGUACUUUCUUAAAGUCAUGCGAGCGGAUGUUCAAAUGUGAAUUCAAAUACAACAAAAAAAGGCGAAAUACUUUCAGAAGUGGUACACUUUGCUAUGACCAUUUACGUCAAAACCCUACCAAGAGUAGCCUCGCACGCAUACGUUCUUAGGGCUUCGUCAGGCGUUCCUGCCCCAGGCUACCCAACCUGCGAUCAGGCGCUUCUUUUUCCCUCGUGGUUUUGGCCGACUUUCGCGCUUUCUCCGGAAAAGAACGCCUGAUCGUAGAUUAGGGGAUACCUAGUAAGUCAACCUAAGACCGAAAUUUCCACAGCCAUUUUUGUAGAAAUAAUUGUUAAUUCAGUAGCAAAAUGGUACAGCGGAAUUUCUAACCUAAUUUUCCAUACAUUUUCCUAAUAAUUUUUCGCAUGUUAUGUUGCUAAUAUAAUAAAAAAGGCAACAAAGGGUAUCUUGAUGAAAAUAUAGCUGAAUUUAUGUUUUAUAUUGAAACUGAUUUCAAACUAGAAAAGAAUAUAUAGUUAUUAUUUGUAUAUCAAUUUUUAUUCUAUGAGAGAGAAGGGAAGGAAAAAAAAAGACUGGUGUUUUACAUUGUACCUAUUUUUUGUGUUGGUCCUUCGUGAGAUUUUUUGCCUACUUAUGUUGUGUGGUUUGUAGAUUCCAUCACUCACCAAUUGGGUACCAGCCUCCUUCUCCAACACGCACACACACCAAAAUACAAAUACAAACGUUGAAAACAGUUUAAAAGAAUUUAAUUGGCUUGUAACUUCUUUACAACUCGAUUUCAUUAA